AUGUCAUCAUUGAAUAUACAAUUGCUGCUAUUGGUAACGGUUGUUGAGCAGAUUACUUGCCAUAAGCAAGUGGAGAGGAGUGAGAUCAAACCAGGGGAUCACAUCUACACGUACAGAGCAGUCUUUGCAUACUCUCAUCAUGGUAUAUUCGUUGGGGGCAGCAAAGUCGUUCAUUUUACCCGUGCUGGAACCUCUUCUAGUUCUGAUGAUGAUGUCUAUAACCAACCUUCAUCAUGUCCGACAUUCCCUGACUGUGGAUAUAGGCAGCCAAAGAGUGGAGUAGUCCUUUCCUGUCUGGAUUGCUUUCUUCAAAAAGGUUCCCUUUACUGUUUUGAGUAUGGAGUGACUCCAUCUGUUUUCAUUGCUAAAGUACGGGGAGGCACUUGCACCACAGCAGAAUCAGACCCUCCGGAAACAGCCAUCCACCGAGCGAUGUAUCUGCUUCAGAAUGGAUUUGGGAACUAUGACGUGUUCCAGAACAACUGUGAGGAUUUUGCCUUGUAUUGCAAAACAGGACUUCUGACAAUUGAUAGGCUUGGUGUUGGAAGAAGUGGACAAGCGUCUUCUGUCAUCGGUGCACCAUUAGCAGCCCUUCUUUCCUCCCCUCUCAAGUUACUUAUGCCGAGUCCAGUUGGUGUGGCUACAGUUACAGCAGGAAUGUACUGCAUGAGCCGGUAUGCAACAGAUAUUGGUGUACGAACUGAUGUUAUCAAGGUAGCAGUCGAGGACCUGUCCGUGAACCUUGGUUGGAUGAAUACUGAAGAAGGAGCUACAGAGAAUGUUCUUACCGGACCAGUAACUUAG